AUGGCCACAUCGCCACUCCUAUCUCUCCCUCGAGAGCUCCGGGACAUGAUCACAGACAAUAUCAUCACCGGCUCUCAACCAUUCCGCAUCCACAGCAACCCACAGCCCCACCUCGUCACUAGAACUCAGUCCGGCCUCGACAGCUCUUGCAAGCAAUUCCAAUCAGAGUACGCCAAUUUGCUCCGUCGAGCAGCAUUCACGCCCGGCAACAGGACUGUUGCUCCAGUCUAUAACUUCGACUUUCGGGAGCUGACGGCUUUCGUCCAAGGUUUGAAGUCAAGAGAGAUUGAGCGUGCGAACAGGAACAGAAACUUGAUCGUCAACCUCUUCGUUCUUGAUGUCAAUGAUCUGGAUCUGGAAGGUCUGAAGCGAUGGGUUAAAAUCUGGGAGGUGACGGGGUGUGAAGUGUCGUAUGUGGUGCAGUGGACUGCUUUCGAUAUGGGCCGGAUGAAGGGGCUUGAGAGCGCUGUGGGGAUGUAUAGAGAGGGCAGGAAGAUCCUAAAGGUAUUGACUGGGAGAAGUGUCAAGUGCUGGAAUUGGGAGGCGUAUCAGGAAGAGUUAAGGGCUUGUCGGUAG